UGUAAUGAACCUGAAGUUGGAUACUUGUGAGUCUAGACACAAUCAUAUCUUAAAGUCUAUUAUACAGUAUUAAUUAUAUCCUUUAUAUGGUUAUGAAAUUUUGAGGGGGAGGGUAGCCCUUUUCAUUCAUUAUCUUGUUAUUUACCUGGGUAUUCACGGAUUCACAGAUUGCAGAUUAGGUCACUUUUUACCACGUUAGUUUGCUUGAUGUUCAGUAGGCUUCUGUGGUGGGAUAUUGUCAAGUCUCCUGACUUUAGUUAUGUGGUACUUAGAAGUUUUGUGUUUUGGUUAUCUGUGAUAAGAAAACUAUACCUACACAUGCACACACACACACACACACACACACACACACAUGCACACUCACACACACUCAUACAUCUGUGUUGUUUUACCAUUCCUCCUUGAGAGGUGAGUCCAGCUUAGAUGGCAGGUGACAGCCUGAGUUGUUCAUAAGCAGCAAAGCUGAUGCAAAGCUGAGGCCUGUUCAGAGGAGAGUGAAGCUCGGUGAACUCAGGACGCUGCACGCCUACCCCUGCAAUGGCGCUUGUUUAUAAUUCUGGGUUAGUGUCAUUAAAAACAUCCCUGAUGACGCGUCUCACUAAUACCUGCUUGGGGAAGGCUUUGAAAAGAGCUUGAGAGGAAAGAUGGCUGACUAAUCUGUGAAAACCAGUUCUAUGGGCUCCAGAGCAGGUUGCCGUUCUCCUUAAAGUUGGUAGUACUCCACACAAGCGCCCUGCUGGACGUCAGCAUUACAUAGGGAAGAUCUCAUGCUACCAGGGGAAAAUAAGUUGUUUUGUUUUUGUUUCAAGUUAAAAACUAUUUGUAAAAGAGCUUUGCUUUUGUUCUUAUAAACAUUUUUGGCUAAUUUUAAGUGACUGAGUCUUGAAAGAGAAUACUUAAGCACAAGAUUUAGUAACAAGCUUAGUAGUUUAUUAGUAGUCACAGAUUCCAAGUUUAAAGGCACAUUGGGCCCAGUUGGUUAUUUUUACCAAGUGGCGUUUUUUAAGAUCACAGCAUAUUUUCAUUAAAUUAUAAUUACUUGAAUGGCUUUUUAAGUUUCUGUAGAAAGAUGCUUUAUGUAAAAUGUCAAGGUAUAUUUAUAGGUGCAGUUCCUCUGGCGUGCCACAGCAGGAAAAGCAGAAGUGAGAUGUAGGCUUGAGCAUCUUCACAGGUGUGGUCCUUCUGGAUUAGUUAUUAUCUGAUGAUCAAGCCGUACAUUGUUAGAUGACCUAAAAUGAAGGCUUCAGUAAAAGGAAACCAUCAAGUAUUUUCCCAGCAAUUGUUUUCAUUCUGAAUUUAAAUGAGCUCAUGUUGCCUUGAAGAGAAUGUUUUCUUUUUAGAUACAGUGUUGAUGUUAUAAAUAAAGGCAUGGUGCUUUGGGCUUCUGUUUUUGUGAGACAGGCUCACUGGGUUUCUCUAGUUGGGCUGGAACUCAUGGAGAUCUGCCUCCCAAGUGCCAGGAUUAAAUGUCUGUGCCAUCAUACCUGGCCAUAAAAAUGGGUUCUUGAUUCUUUCUCAUCUAUUCAACACACUUUAAAUUAUUAUACAUUAAGCUUAGCUGAUCUGAAAGUAGACAUUAAUGUCAAUAAUAUUUUAAUUCUUGUGAAUGGGUGUACUCUUGCAUGAUUUUUUUUUCAUAGUUCGAAAUCGAAAAGUAAAGUAGGCCCACUGUAUAUGUUUAAUUUAGAGCUGAGCUGGUAGACCUUGUUUUAAUUUAGAGCUAAGCUGGUAGACCUUGUUUUACUACCUAGCCAUUUUGUUGACAUUUUCUUUCUUUUUGAAUUAGAAUUUUGAUUACCAUGCCUAAGUCACCUUAGGAAAAUCAGAACAAUAUUAGAAAGCUAUAAAUUAAGGCCAUCCUAACAUUUGUGGGCUUUAAUCCUGUGAUAGUAAGAGACAGCCAGUGAUUGGUUCGGUAAUAACCGUGAUUUGUAUGGUGAGAGCAAUUCAUUCAGAACUGGGCACAUCUUAGAAAUCCAUCACACGGGCUGGGGAUUUAGCUCAGUGGUAGAGCGCUUGCCUAGGAAGCGCAAGGCCCUGAGUUCGGUCCCCAGCUCCGAAAAAAAGAACCAAAAAAAAAAAAAAAAAAAGAAAUCCAUCACACACUGAGCUUCUCCAAGGAUGUGGACAUUCACAAGUAGAUGCUGUGCUAAUGUGGGUGUACGGCUCCUGUCUUCUAGUGGGGCAGAAGACCCCAUCCCUUUAUUUGUAGCGCCAUCACUAAGAUUGGCUGUAAUUUCUUAGAAAGUUUCAUAUACUGGCUCAUCCCAUAUUAGGGAUGCUUUCUCAUCUUGAUGGUGAAGACUGAAAUUCAUUUUAAUGGUGGAAGUAAUCAGAGUCGUUGUUUCCCUUUGUCCCCACAAGGAAGGAAGUGACAGGGACACACCUCCAGCACUUAAUCUUCUGCUGGUGACAGCCGAGGAUCUUCCAAAGGAAAGAUAGUUUCCAGGAAGAGAGUGAUCAAUGUUCUGGACAUCAUUUCAUCUGUUGUUCUGGAAGAAGGGAGGUUAUUGAUCAAAUCAAAGGAAAAGGAGGGAUGGAAGAGUGAGCUGUAAACUGGUCUCCCUUGAGAACAGAGAGAGAGAGGCCUGGCCUGGCUCCUACUCAGGUGUUGCGGAGGGUGCCCCCCCGUCAGUGGGGACCUGCAGCACACGUGUGCUCCGAGGGGAUGUGUGUGCUCGGAAAGCCUUGCUCUUCUGGGGCGGUGCUGGUGCCUUCCCGGUCACAGUCCAGGGAAGAGCUUCCUCGUUGGAUGAUACUUCAGUAUUGACAGGUGGAGUGGGCAAGUUCUAGGAGCUUCGUGUUAGCUUGACCUUUUAAAACAGUUUGGAGGUCAGUCUUCCAAACCGUAAGUUAGAGAAGCUGGAGAAAACAACUUGUAAAUUCCAUCCAGAGGGUAAGUUUCUUUGAGUUUUACUCUGAGCAUUCUGGGAAUUUUCAGUAUUGUAGAAAGUAAUGAAAGCCGAGCCUGCCAGGAGGAGGUGGUGUGGGAGACCUGGCAGAGCUGAGUGGCCUGAGUGGCCUGGUGCUUCGCUGUGGCCUGGCCCUAAGCUUGAAUGGAGAGCAGCCGUAAAUGAAGUGUGCAGAGCCAGGGUGCGCUGCCAUGCCGUGUGUGUCUGUGCUCACUCUUCCUUCUAAAGCGUGUGAGUGUGCGACCUUCCCUGAUGUUGCAAGGAGAUCAAGGAUAAGUAGUUGUCAUGUCAACGAUGGUCCUGAGCGGAGGGAGAGUUUGAUGCAUUUGAACAGGGUCACCAGUUCACUUUGAACACUUUAGAAAUCGGUUCUUUUUAUUUUUUUUUUCCGGAGCUGGGGACCGAACCCAGGGCCUUGUGCUUGCUAGGCAAGCGCUCUACCACUGAGCCAAAUCCCCAACCCCUAGAAAUCGGUUCUUUAACACAAGCUUAAAGCUAGGUUUUGAAAAAGGAUCAUAAUAAAGAGAACAUUUUAUAUUUGUGUUCAAAAGGUUAAUUUAUAAAAAUUCCUUAUCUUAGAGAUAAGUAUUGGGCUGGAGAGAUGGCUCAGUGGUUAAGAGCACUGACUGCUCUUUCAGAGGUCCUAAGUUCAAACCCCAGCAACCACAUGGUGGCUCACAACCAACUGUAAUGGGAUCCGACGCCCUCUUCUGGUGUGUGUGUGUGUGUGUGUGUGUGUGUGUGUGUGUGUGUGUGUGUGUAGAGACUGACAGUAUACACACAUAUAAUAAAUAAAUGAAUCUGUAAAAAAAAAGAUGAGUGGUUAAGUCUAUGCUUUGACUUGUCUAAUGGAAAACUGAUUUUCACUUUACCCUAAGGCAGCCUUCAGAUUAUGCAGUUGUCUUGUAUAUGUAAAUAUAGAGUUUGAAUAUUACCUUUCCAUAUUGCUUUCUAAAACUUAAUUCAUGUGAUUUAUUUUCAAGAGAAAAAUGCUAAAAAUUAUUAUAAGUGAAUUUAUAACUUAAACUAUAGCUUUAAAUAUUCCAUAUUUUACCCAUAAUCAAACACAAGCCCACAAAAUAUAGAAGAUAAUAUUAUAUACUUGAAUGUUAUUAAGCUUCAUGCUUAAGCCUUGCUAAUAGUGCUUAAUGACUCUUUAAUGACAGGUCACUAUUGCUUAAAAUGGAUGUGGCAUUGAUUAGUCCUUUGUGCUUCACAGCUUUAUGACAGUUUAUGUAAAGUGCAAAGCAAACCCUAAAACAGUGCUCUGUGACUGUGAGAACCUGCUGGCCUCUUACAGCCCAUCUGGCAGGAAUGAGCUCAGACUCCACUUACCUGCACACUGUGUGGUAAUGCAGAUCCUGGGAGGUAGCUUUUCAUACUAAUUUCUCCUUAACUGUAAAUAUGACAUCUUUGGAGUAUGCAAAUGGAACAAUAUGUAAUUUGGGAUAAUGAGGUUUUGUUCUAUCUUCAGUAGACUCUAAAAUGUGCUAAGAAUCCCCAAAUACCUGUGGAGAUGGAGUUUCUGGUAGGAGACAGUCAUUGCAAGGAAUGAGAAGAAAGUAGGAAGACAGGGAAUAAUCCAUGUCCACCGUGAACAUUAGAAUCACUGACUAUAUUUAAUAUGUAAAGUUGUUUUGUAUUAAGUGCUGUAGUGCUUAUAGUCAAACUUGAAACAACAUCUCAGACUGUAUUCAGGCUAGCCUGGAACUCUGACUGUGUAGCAUAGGAUGACUUGUAACUCAAGGUGAUGCUCCUGCCUCAGCCUGCUGUGUGCUGGGAUUAGAGUGGUUAUGGCUGAUCAGCCCGUGAUCUGCCAGGCUUUGCUUGUGGACCAGAGCAUCCUAGAAACCUCGCCAGAGUUGCGCAAGGCCUUUUUGUUUUACGCUUGUGCCAGCAGCACUUCUGAACAUACCUAGGAGCUGGCAAUGGGGUCACUUGUUGAUUCAAAAAAAAAAAAAGAGUGGUUUGUCACUAGAGCAGUGUGAUGUUACUGAAAAGUCAGUGACAGGGCUCUGCUUCCUAUUUGCCAGGAGAGUUUGGACUGUAACGUGUAGCUCCUUCUGUACGUUGAACACUUCAUGCCAGUCCAUUAGGUACAACACAGCUAUUAUCCCUGAAGGAGCUUGUAACAUCUUGCGCAUACUCCAUGCAUUAAAAUAGGGAAAUGUGUAGGGAAAACUGUAAUAUAUCUUCUUACUUUUUUUACUUAUACUUUAAUUUUAUAUGUGUAUAUAAAUUUUAGAUCCAAUCUAAAUAUCAGCAAUUUCUUUUUAAUUUUUAUUAGGUAUGUAUGUGUAUGACUGCGUUUGUGUGUGUGUUCCAUGUGCAUGGCCUGGUAUCCAGCAAGGUUAGAAGAGGACAUCAGUGCUCUCCUGGGACUGAGUUACAGAUGAUUGUGAGUUGAUUGUAGGUCUAGGACUCAAACCUGGGUCCUCAGUAAGAGCAAAUGCUCUGGACUGCUGAGCUAACUAUCCCAGCUCCCUGUUACUUUCUUGUUCUUUCCAUUUCUUGUAGUUUUUAUUUGUUCUUUAAACUAAUUUCCAAAGAAAUUAGUUUAUAAGACCUAUCUUGUGUAGGCAAUGAAGCCUUAUUAUUAAUCACUAGUAUUCCAAUCAGGUCUAUUAGCCAAAAUAUAAUCAAGAUGCUGGAGAGAUGGCUCAGUGGUCUAAGAGCCCAGGCUGCUCUUUUAGAGGGCCAGGGUUCAAGUCCCACCAACCAUAUGUCAGCUCACAAUUGUCUGUAACUCCAGUCCCAGUAGAUAUGAUACCUUCUCCUACCCUCUGUGGGUACUAGGCACACACGUGGUAUACAGACACACAUAUAGGCGAAAUUUCCAUACCCUUAUCAAUAAAUAAAUAAAGAUUAAAGAGAGCAAGGCAGCUAAAAGCAGGUCCUAUACUAUGUGGUACUCUAACUUGGUUACUUGAAACAAAGGGCUGGAGACAUGGUUCAGCGGUUAAGAACUGACUGCUUUUCCAGAGGUCUUGAGUUUAAUUCCUAGCAACCACACGGUGGUUCACAACCAUGUGUAAUGGGAUCUGAUGCCCUCUUCUGGCGUAUCUGAAGAAAACUAUAAUGUACUCACAUAAAUAAAGUAAAUAAAGAUAACUUUUUAAAAAGAUGUAUUUCCUACUAUUAGGCUACUGGACUAGCCCACAGGUCCUUGUUUAACCCACAAAACCUGUUAAUUACUAUGUGUAGGAUCUGAUGACCGGUCUUUCCUGUACAUUCACUUAGGAGUGCCUGUACUUUCAUCCACUCUUGGAGCUUGAGCACAUGAAAGUGGGGAAUGGAAACCACCCUGCCAUCUUUGAAUCUAAGGCCUAGUAGGAGAAACAAACAUUUAGAACAAAAAGAACAAAUAAUAUAAUUUUAAAAUAACAUCUUCAUGAAGGCAGAUUUCAGUUUGUUGUGACAGAUUAGAAGAGUUUAUAAUCUAACCAUUCAAGGUUCUGUUCCCAGCAUUUCCAGCCACAUUGAGCUUCUUUGUGGGACACACGAUUACAGUCCCCUUCUUUUUAGCCUCAGGACCUCUACUCAGGACCAGGCCUGCUCAUUAUCCUUUGCCUGUAGUUCUCUUGAUAAAUACUCGGAAUACAGUCAGUCAACUUCUGUCCACAAUGAAAGGAAAGUAACCUGCAAGCAUCCAGUCACAGGACAGCCAUCCCAGGACAACUGUAUCUUUGUCGUGAAUGACCAGACUGUUGCAACCAUGACAUCUGAAGAAAAGAAGGAGCGACCCAUAAGUAUGAUAAAUGAAGCUUCCAAUUACAACAUGGCUUCAGACUAUACUGUGCAUCCUAUGAGCCCCGUGGGCAGGACAUCACGGGCCUCCAAAAAGGUUCAUAAUUUUGGGAAAAGGUCCAAUUCAAUUAAAAGGAACCCUAAUGCCCCUGUGGUCAGGCGCGGCUGGCUGUAUAAGCAGGACAGCACCGGCAUGAAGCUGUGGAAGAAGCGCUGGUUUGUGCUUUCUGACCUUUGCCUUUUUUACUACAGAGAUGAGAAGGAGGAGGGUAUUUUGGGAAGCAUCCUGCUGCCCAGUUUUCAGAUAGCCAUGCUUACUGCCGAGGACCACAUCAAUCGCAAAUAUGCUUUUAAGGCAGCCCACCCAAACAUGCGGACCUAUUAUUUCUGCACUGAUACAGGCAAGGAAAUGGAGCUAUGGAUGAAGGCCAUGUUAGAUGCUGCUCUGGUGCAGACAGAACCUGUGAAAAGAAUUACCUUUAAUUUCCGAGUGGACAAGAUUACAACAGAAAGUGCAUCAACUAAAGAAACCAAUAACAUUCCCAACCACAGAGUCCUCAUUAGACCUGAGGUCCAAAACAAUCAGAAAAAUAAGGAAAUAAGCAAAAUUGAAGAAAAAAGGGCCUUAGAAGCUGAAAGAUACGGGUUUCAGAAGGAUGGGCAAGAUAGACCAUUAACAAAAAUUAACAGUGUAAAGUUGAACUCGCUGCCAUCAGAAUAUGAAAGCGGGCCAGCCUGCCCACCUCAGAAUAUACACUACAGACCCAUCAAUGUGAAUAAUUCUGACAGCAAAGCAGUGAAUGUCAGCUUGGCAGAUGUCCGGGGUGGGAGUCACCCAAAUACAGGGCCCCUAGCCACAGAAGCUGAUCGAGUCAUUCAGAGAACGAAUUCAAUGCAGCAGCUGGAGCAGUGGAUUAAAGUUCAGAAAGGACGGGGUCUUGAAGAGGAGCCCAGAGGAGUAAUUUCUUAUCAAACAUUGCCAAGAAAUAUGCCAAGCCACCGAGCCCAGAUUCUGGCCCGCUACCCUGAAGGUUACCGAACACUCCCAAGAAACAGCAAGACCAGACCAGAGAGUAUCUGCAGUGUAACGCCUUCUGGUCAUGAGAAGACAGGGCCUGGGGCAGAGGAGAAGCGGCGGUCCAUGAGGGAUGACACCAUGUGGCAGCUGUAUGAGUGGCAGCAGCGCCAGUUUUACCACAAGCAGAGCACCCUCCCUCGGCACAGCUGCCUGAGCAGCCCUAAAGCCAUGGGGAAGGUUUCUGACCAGACAAUGCACUCCAUCCCCACGUCACCGUCCCAUGUGCCAGCUGCUGCUUACCAGGGCUUCUCCCCUCAGCGGACAUACAGGUCAGAAGUGUCCUCGCCAAUCCAGAGAGGAGAUGUGACAAUAGACCGCAGGCACAGGCCUCAUCACCCUAAGCAUGUCUAUGUACCUGACAGAAGGUCAAUGCCGGCUGGCUUAGCCUUACAGGCUGUUAGUCCUCAGAGCCUCCACGGCAGGACGCCAGAGGAGCUUACGCUGCUGCUGAUAAAGCUGAGACGGCAGCAAGCAGAGCUGAGUAGUAUCCGGGAGCACACCUUAGCACAGCUCAUGCAGCUGAAACUCGAGGCCCACAGCCCGAAGAAUGAAAUUCUUUCACAUCAUCUUCAAAGGAACACCAUAUAUUUGGAUCAUCAGAUGAAAGAAAAUGAACCUAUUAUCACCAUGGUUCACACCAUGAUUGAGAACUCGGCGCUAAGACCACAACUGUACCAACAAUUCUUAAGACAGAAGAACAAGAUAAGUCUCUAUUGUCUCUCACAAGAUGAGUGUAGAGGCACAUUAUACAAAUACAGACCUGAGGAAGUAGAUAUCGAUGCCAAAUUAAGCCGAUUGUGUGAACAGGAUAAGGUGGUCCGUGCACUGGAGGAGAAGCUGCAGCAGCUGCACAAGGAGAAAUACACGCUUGAGCAAGCCUUGCUGUCAGCCAGCCAAGAGAUAGAGAUGAAUGCAGAUAACCCAGCCGCCAUUCAGACGGUGGUGCUGCAGAGGGACGACCUGCAGAACGGGCUGCUGAGCACGUGUCGGGAACUCUCCCGAGCCACCGCUGAGCUGGAACGAGCCUGGAGAGAAUAUGACAAGUUAGAAUAUGAUGUGACUGUUACCAGGAACCAGAUGCAAGAUCAGCUUGAUCGCCUUGGAGAAGUGCAGAGUGAGUCGGCAGGAAUUCAACGGGCACAGAUUCAAAAAGAACUUUGGAGAAUUCAAGAUGUCAUGGAGGGGUUGAGCAAACACAAACAGCAAAGAGGCUCUUCAGAAACAGGUCUGGCAGGACCAAAGCCUUUCCCAGCAGUUAAGUACAAAAGCGAGGAAGAGGAAGUAGUCCCACCUCGGCCUCCACUUCCUCGGUCUUAUGACUUUACAGAGCAGCCUCCCAUAAUCCCCCCUCUGCCCAGUGAUAGCAGCUCCUUGCUCUGUUAUAGCAGGGGCCCCGUGCAUCUGCCUGAAGAAAAGAAGAGUCACCAAGUUCAAGGAUAUCCAAGAAAUGGAUCUCACUGUGGUCCAGAUUAUAGACUCUACAAGAGCGAGCCAGAGUUGACCACAGUGGCAGAAGUUGAUGAAUCUAAUGGAGAAGAAAAAUCAGAGCCAGCUUCUGAGGCAGAAGCUCCGGUUGUUAGAGGUUCCCACUUUCCAGUUGGAGUUCCUCUGAGAACGAAGUCACCUACACCUGAGUCCUCAACGAUAGCUUCCUAUGUGACCUUGAGGAAGACGAAGAAGAUGGUGGAGCUAAGAACGGAAAGACCGAGAAGUGCCGUGGAACAGCUCUGUCUGGCGGAAAGUACUCGGCCUCGGAUGACUGUGGAAGAGCAGCUGGAGAGAAUCAGGAGGCACCAGCAGGCCUGCCUGAGGGAGAAGAAGAAGGGGCUGAACGUCCUCAGUGCAUCCGACCCAUCUCCCUCACAAAGUCCUUCAAGCGUGAGGGACAGUCCUUCCAGAGUUCCUCAGACUGUAAGGAGGGAUGAUAACACUAAGGAGCUAGACGCCGUCCACAGAGAAAAUGAUGGAAAGCCAGACUAUGACACUUCAGCAGCAGAAACUGCUCACCCAGAAGAAGCUGAACCCCAAAGUGCAGAUGUCGGCCGAAAGCUAAAGAGAACUGAAAGUAUUUUUUAUGAAAUGCUUUACACGCCUGAACCUUUAAAUGGACUGACUUCUGAGGAAGUGAUGGCUAAGGAGAGGCAGGAAGAGCAGGUGCCUGAAGGUGCCGUGUGCAGCCUUCAGGAAGAGGCUGCCAUGGCAAACCAUCAGGCAGAAGGCCCCCCUGAGGAAGCAGAGAGUCUUCAUGAAGAGGAGGAAGCUCUGGCUUCCUGUGAGCCAGCUCCUGAGACUCCUAGGGAGAAUCAAACCACAGUGAAAAGUCUGUCUCCGUCUCCUGACUCCUCCACGGCAGCAGACCCGCCCACUCCGCCCCAGCUCACAGAAGGAUCACAUUUCAUGUGUGUGUAGUCUCAGAACCGCAUUGCCGUCUGUGGAGAGCACACAGAGCUGAAGCCGUGGACGGACCCUCAGUGGUGUAAGAAGAUGUACAGUAUACCUUAAAUCUAUGAAAUUCAUAGUUCAGAUGCUUCUGACCACAGAGCAUCAUUUUAUCACCUUUGGAAAAUGUUUAUUCCAAAAUAGCUUUAAUGGCCCGUA